AGCGGCCGAAGGGUUACAUGACGAUCCAGCAACUUCCUCAACAACGUCCCAAUGGCCUCCGACCCCUCAAUUUACUCGACAUGCUUCAGCCCAUAACUGAAAGAGUGACAAUAUGUCGUCCAACAAACUUCCCGACUUCCCCAACGUAGAAGCCAAACUCCAGAAACCCUCCAAGCAAUCCGCCUUCGAGAAGGAGCGCGCCGAGCGGGAGGCCAAGCGAAAGCGCGAAGCUGCUGAAACCGCGGCCGUCUACGAGAGCUUCGUCAAGAGCUUCGACCGCGAUGAAGACGAAGAUGAGGACGAGAUCUCGGCUAUCGCACGGGGCUCCAGUCGUUUCGGUGGUCGUGGAGGUGGAACACUUGGAGGGCUGCCAGGCAGGGGAGGAGGAGCAUUCGGGGGUAGCAGUGCGCCAGGGAAGAGACAUUUUGGCGCAGCUGGUGGAAUGAAGAGCGGGCCGGGGAGUCUAGGACCGCCACCUUUGAGUUACGGACGCAAGAGGGGCUUCGAUGGAGGGUUGCAGGGUCAGAAUCAGCGCGACUUUGGACGCAGAGACGAGGGACGGGGACGGCUCGGGUUUCAGGAAGAGGAGCGUGAGAGAGAUGGACUCAAGGACAGAGACUGUGAUGCACCGCCGUCCAGAUUGAUAUCGAAAGCCUUUAAUACAAGUGACGACGAGGGAGAUGCCAGGGCGACAGACAGGGCCGAGGAGCGAGCUGUUGCGAAACCCACACUACGCCUCUCUAAUCUGCCACCUGGCACCUCACCAGCAGUCAUCAAGGCUCUCAUACCCCCAAAUUUGACAGUCGAGAGCGUCAAGCUGCUUCCGCCAGGUGCUCCAGGCGUCAAUGAGCGGAAGUCCAUGACGGCUAUUUUGGUUCUAUCCCAGGACACGCCAGCGACAGACAUCGACGCCGCCGUCAGUUCUUUACAAAAUCGCUAUCUCGGUUAUGGUUUCAACUUGUUAUUACACAGGCAUUUAUCGUCAGCUGUCACAACCACCGUGGCGGCCACGUUGUCAUCCGCUACCGCAUCCCAGCCCUUUGGAGCCAAACCCGUUGCUCAAACAAAUGAUCACCAACCAGCACAAUUUCACCGUGGGUUUGCCCCCCCAUCUUCAUAUGGGCCACCGGGCGGACCUAUCCAAAGGACUAUUUUGCAUGUCCCGGUUCAAGCGCCGAGAGACAUUAAGCAGCUUCAACUUAUUCACAAGGUUGUCGAAUCAAUCCUGGAGCAUGGCCCCGAAUUUGAGGCUUUACUUAUGUCACGUCCAGAAGUUCAGCGGGAGGAAAAAUGGGCCUGGCUUUGGGACGCACGGAGCGAAGGCGGUGUAUGGUACCGCUGGCGGCUAUGGGAAGUCAUCACGGGCUCACAGUCCAGAGAUGGCAAGCAGCAGGGGAAGUACCUUCCUCUAUUCGAAGGUAGUCACGCAUGGAAAACGCCCGAGAAACCCCUGGCCUACGAAUACACUACCAAUAUCGAUGAGUUCGUAUCGGAUCCUGAAUACAACUCCUCUGAUGAGGAAGACUUUGAAGACGACGGGAACAAGCACGCCGAGGGUGGACCCGGUGGCGAUAAUGAGAGCGCUUACCUCAACCCUUUCGACAAGGCGAAAUUAGCACAUCUACUAGCACGGCUGCCCAACACACUCGGUCGCAUCCGCAAAGGUGAUAUAGCUAGAGUGACGACAUUCGCCAUUACACACGCCAGCCGCGGAGCUGGUGAAAUCGUUGACAUGAUCGUUUCGAACAUAGAGAGACCAUUCUCACUCACAUUCGCAAAUCCCGAAUACAAGCCGAACAGCAAAGGAGAAGACAACGGCCAGUCGCCACCUAAUGGUGACUCCAACACCUCAACCCCUCUGCCCGAGGACGCCGGCGCAGCUGCCAAAGCCAAUGAGCCGGAAGACACGAGCGCUUCGAGUCUCGUCGGACUCUACAUCGUGUCCGACAUCCUCUCCUCGUCUGCGACUAGCGGCGUCCGACAUAGCUGGCGCUUCCGGCAGCUCUUCGAAACGUCGCUGCGCGAGCGGAAGGUAUUCGAGCACCUGGGCCGCACGGCGGAGCGGUUGAACUGGGGCCGUCUAAGGGCGGAGAAGUGGAAGCGCAGCGUGGGGCUCGUAUUAGGGCUAUGGGAGGGCUGGUGCGUAUUUCCGGCCGAGAGCCAGGAACUCUUUGCGAAGAGCUUUGAGAGUCCGCCGAGCAGCAACAGCAGCACUGCCGCCACUACCGCUACUAUCAAGAAAGACGACAGCAUGAAACAGAGCGAGGUCGAAACAAAAGAGAAGAAAGCGGGGGGCCGGUGGAAGCCGGUGGAGACAGGGGCGGGCAUUGAUGCGGCGGCGGGAGGAGGAGGAGGAGGGGGGGCCGGCCAGAGGGGGUUCAAGCCUGUCGAGGCUGUGGCGGAUGGUGGUGGCUUUGAUCCGAGUCGUGAGACCAAGGUGGGUGGCGUGGAUGUUGAUGAUGGGGAGCCGAUGGACGAGGAUGUGGAUCUGAACCUGGGGGACGAGGACGAGCUCAUGGAUGAGGAUAUUGACGGCGUGCCGAUGAGUGAGGAUGAGGAGGGGUGGGAAAGAGGACACGAGGACCUUGAUGGCGAUAAGAUGGAUGAAGAUCCACCGCCACCUCCUCCUCUUCUUCUUCCUUCUCCGCCUCCGCCGCCGGUAGCUGAUGAGGAAGGUAAUGCGAGCGUGAGUGCGCCUCAGGAGGUUGGGAAACCUAGUAUUACUGGUGUUGGUGUUGGUUCUAGUGUUGGUGGAGGGGAUGGGGACCUGACAGAAGCCGGCCCUAGACCCAGGAGGCGUCUACGAGCUGUUGACAUGUUUGCUGACUCGGAUGCGUCUGAUGAGGGGGGCAAGUAGGCUGGCGGGCGGGCAGAUAGGGUUGAGCUUAAUCGAGAUACCCCCAUACGUUUGAAAGAGAAGAUUCAUACGUUCAUAUUCAAGGAAACCAAGG